AUGUCGAGUCCCAUCCCGCCCCACUCGGCCCAGUCGAGCUUCCGCGGCCGCUCCUCGCCCCUCGUCGCGCCAUCCGGCCCGCGCCUCACCCUUGCCCUGCGUCCAUCCGUCUCUCUGGGCCCGUUCAAGCUCGGACUCUCGCUCUGGCACACCAUCGACUACCUCCGCUCCCACCACAGCCUCUUCCCUCACGUCAACAUCGCAUUCGACCAGCACUCCCCGCGCCUCUCUCCCAUCGUCGUCUCGGUCGAGCCCUACCUCAACCUCAUCUUCAGCGGCGUCACCCAACGCCUCGUCGUCAUCACACUCGACCGCCUCGCACCAAACGUCGCAGAGCCAGACCCCGCAGAUCGCCCCGUCAGCGUCGUGUACAAUGGCAGGACCAUCUACGCCUCUGCGGCUGGGACGGGCGGUGGCGCGCCAAGCACGCUGACCAGGUCGGCCCUCCAACAGCUCCUCGGCCCCACCUAUCCCGGCUGGACCCAAAAGCGCUCCAACCCGUACCUUGCCGAGCUUGCAAGACCAGCCGCCACUGCACAGGCCGCAGCCAAGGAGGAUGUCGACGAGUUUGUGCUGGGCUAUCCAGGUGUGGCGUUUGCCUUUGUCAAGAAGCCGCACGGUGCCGGCGGUAGGGAGGGCGAGAUCGACAAGCACCACCCGGUCUCGACAAUCUACGUCUUCAACGGCUCGAGCCCUGCGCAACCGGAAGAAGUCAUCCUGUCGCCGUUUGCGCUCCACCAGGCGGUUCACGCCGGCCUCGCCUCACCGUCAUCUGGCAGGACCAGGGGCGGAGCACUGUCGCCCACCUUUUCCGAUCCGGGCGCAGGAUCGCUUUCCGAGGCCGACCGAGCCGCCCUGGAUCCCGAGGCGAUCCACGUCCGGGCUCCAUCUCUGCUCGAGGCCGUCAUCGAGCCGCACCGGGGCAUGACGCUGCACUUUGCCCGCGGCUCGGCAUCCCGCACCGCCUCGCCACUCCCGCCCGCAUCCACCAAGCUGCAAGGCGGCAACGGCUCUUCCGCAGCGGCGCACGUCGCGUCGACUGUCGUCGAACUGCUCCUCGGCGUGACGACGCCCCAGGACGCCGUGUGCGACCUCGGCGCACCGCAGCGCGUCUUCUACAAGGAGGAUGACCGCAUGAGGAUCCACGCCGGCGGUCGGGGUAGCGGCGGUGCCGAAGCGAUUUCCUUCCCGCCCGACGACCUCGACGGCGAUGCGAUGGGCGCUACGGACGAUGCCCAAGAUGGCUCGUCGGACGGCGACUCGCCGUUCUUCUACAACUACUUUGACCUCGGCAUCGACCUCCUCUUCUCGAGCCGAGCCGACGUGGCCAGCUCGAUCGAGGCCGCCCACCUGGCGACCACGACGGGCCAGGCGCGGCUGGAAAAGGUUGUGUGCCACACGAACGUGGCGGGCGAUGCGCUCUUCCAGCGGUACAACCGGUGUCCCUGGAAGGUUGUCGAGGUGCAGAGGAACGAGUCCAGCGAGGAUGCGAAAGAAGCCAAGGCGGGCAAGCAGAAGGGUGGCGGCGGAGCUGCCGAGACCACGGCGUCAGCGUCCGCAACGACGACGACGACGACAAAGGUGCUCUAUGGCUUCGAAGACGACUUCAAGCCAGGAGCGACGACAGCCGCGCCAGCCAGGAUCAAACCCGCUUCCGCUUCCACUUCGUCGUCGCCAACCAAGGCAGCAGCGACGAACGCGAGUCGCCAGGGCGGAGCUUCAGCGGUCGACGACGCGGUGGACGGACCGAGCAUGGAGCUGGAUCGGGGCACGUGCGCCGAGUUCAACGGCGGGCUGGAAGGUCAGCUCCACCGCGGCAUCGCUGGCGGUGGUGGCAUGGUCGGCGACGAUACGAUUGGCGGUAGCGUCGGAAGCAAUGUCGGCGGCGGCGGCGCGGGACUGGCGGUGAGCGGAGGGGCAGGGGCAGGGGGAGGGGGAGUGAUGGGCACGUUUGGAUCGUUCGACGCGUCGUACCGCGACCGAGGGAACGAUGCAGUGCAUGGGGUCGCGGCGAUGGGCCAGGGGCAGAGGACGGGGACGGGGCAGCACGAGAGGGACUCGCUCGUUAAGCUGGACCUGAGCACCGAGCUGGUCGCGAGGCCAGGACUGGUGCUCGAAGUGGGCAGGGACGGUUCGGUGGUCGGUGUCGUCGUCUUCUGA